AUGAAGACCUUCCUCUUCCUUGCUUUCCUGGGAGCUGCUGUUGCUUUCCCCACCAGCAGUGAUGACGAUGAUGAUAAGAUCGUAGGUGGCUACACCUGUCAGGCGAAUUCCGUCCCCUACCAGGUGUCUCUGAACUCUGGCUACCACUUCUGUGGGGGCUCCCUCAUCAACAGCCAGUGGGUGGUGUCUGCAGCUCAUUGUUACAAGUCCCAAAUCCAGGUGCGUCUGGGAGAACACAACAUUAAGGUCAGUGAGGGCAGUGAGCAAUUCAUCAGCUCUUCCAAGGUCAUCCGCCAUCCCAGCUACAGUUCAUCCACACUAAAUAAUGACAUCAUGCUGAUUAAACUGAAGUCAGCCGCCUCCCUCAACUCCAAAGUGGCCGCAGUCUCUCUGCCAAGUUCCUGUGCGUCUGCUGGUACUCAGUGCCUUGUGUCUGGCUGGGGCAACACCCUGAGCAGUGGCACCAACAACCCUGAUCUCCUGCAGUGUCUGAAGGCUCCCAUCCUCUCUGAUUCCUCCUGCCGCAGUUCCUACCCAAACCAGAUCACUAGCAACAUGUUCUGCUUGGGCUUCCUGGAGGGCGGAAAGGACUCUUGCCAGGGUGACUCUGGUGGCCCCGUGGUCUGCAACGGAGCCCUCCAGGGCAUUGUGUCCUGGGGCUAUGGCUGUGCCCAGAAGAACAAGCCUGGAGUCUACACCAAGGUCUGCAACUACGUGAGCUGGAUUAAGCAGACCAUUGCUGCCAACUAA